GAAGCGGGGGUGGCAGGGCUAGAAACAGCAGUUGAGGCAGCAGUCACUGCCUUUGCUGUCACCCGGCUGUAGUGCAUCACUCUCAGCCCACCGGCCGUGGGUGCCUCCUCGGUUCCCAGGGGACUCCGGGAGCCCUGAGGGGCGAAGCGACGGGGACACCUCUCUUAAGAGAAGAGGCGACGUCGCAGCCCCGGAUGCGGGCAGAGGGCGCGGGAAUGGAGCUUGGAGGCUGCGAGGAGGGCUUGCCGGAGGAGAGCAGGAGGGAGCACUGGCAGUUGCUGGGUAAUUUGAAGACUACUGUGGAGGGUUUAGUAUCAGCUAACAGCCCCAAUGUCUGGUCCAAGUAUGGUGGCCUGGAGCGGCUUUGCAGGGACAUGCAGAGCAUCCUCUAUCAUGGGCUCAUCCAUGACCAGGUGUAUUGCCGCCAGACUGAUUACUGGCAAUUUGUGAAAGACAUCCGCUGGCUCAGUCCCCACUCAGCCCUUCAUGUAGAGAAGUUCAUCAACUUGCAGGAGAACGGCCAGAGCAGCACUGACGGCAUGAGUGAGCGUGCCGUUGCGGAGCUGUGGCUGCAGCAUAGCUUGCAGUGCCACUGUCUCUCAGCCCAGCUCCGACCUCUGCUGGGGGAUAGACAGUAUAUCAGAAAAUUCUACACAGAUACUGCUUUCCUGCUAAGCGACUCCCAUGUCACGGCCAUGCUCCAAUGCCUAGAAGCAGUGGAACAGAACAACCCUCGUCUCCUGGCUCAGAUUGAUGCAUCUAUGUUUGCCAGAAAGCAUGAGAGCCCGCUGCUGGUGACAAAGAGCCAGAGCCUGACAGCUCUGCCUGGUUCCACAUACACCCCUUCAACCAGUUAUGCUCAGCAUUCCUACUUUGGGUCCUUCUCUAGCCUCCACCAAUCCAUACCCCACCAUGGCUCAGAAAGAAGAUCUACUUCCUUUUCACUCUGUGGCCCAUGCCAGAAACCUCAAGAAAGCAGAGGACAUGUCUCGCCAGCAGAGGAUCAAACCGUCCAAGCCCCUCUGCUUCCAAUCUCUGCAUUAGCCGGGGACUCCCCCUCGACCCCAAAUGAGAUGCGCUCCAGCACUCUGACCAGCCCCUUAGAAGCACCCUGGGUCAGCAGCCAGAAUGAUUCCCCAAGUGAUGCCAGUGAGGGGCCUGAGUACCUGGCCAUUGGCAACCAGGACCCCCGAGGCCGGACCGCCAGCUAUCAGAGUCACAGCAGCAAUGCUGAGAGCAACAGCUCCAAUUUGUUCUCCUCCAGCAGCUCCCAGAAGCCAGAUUCUGCUGCUUCAUCUCUAGGGGAUCAAGAGGGAGGUGGGAAGAGCCAGUUGUCCAAUGUCCUUCGCAGGUCUAGCUUCUCAGAGGGGCAAACACUCACUGUCACUGGUGGAACAAAGAGGAGCCAUACUCGCUCCCAUUCGGAUACCAACAUUGCCUCCAGAGGAGCCCCAGGAGGCCCCAGGAGUAUCACCAUUAUAGUUGAAGAUCCCAUUGCAGAAUCCUGCAGUGAUAAGUCGAAGUUGAGAGGCCCCUUGUCCUACUCUGGUCAAAGCAGUGAAGUCAGCACACCCAGCUCUCUGUACAUGGAGUAUGAGGGCAGUCAGUACCUGUGCUCAGGAGAAGGCAUGUUCCGAAGACCAUCAGAGGGACAGUCCCUCAUCAGCUACCUGUCUGAGCAAGACUUUGGCAGCUGUGCAGACCUGGAAAAGGAAAAUGCCCACUUCAGCAUCUCAGAAUCCUUGAUUGCUGCCAUUGAGCUGAUGAAGUGCAACAUGAUGAGCCAGUGCCUAGAAGAGGAGGAAGGGGAGGAGGACAGUGACAGGGAGAUCCAGGAACUGAAGCAGAAGAUCCGCCUUCGUCGCCAGCAGAUCCGCACCAAGAAUCUGCUCCCUGUGUACCAGGAGACUGAGUAUGGAAGCUUUCGGGUCACUUCCAGCAGCUCCCAGUUCAGUUCACGUGAUUCAGCACAGUUCUCUGACUCUGGCUCUGCUGAUGAGGUUGAUGAAUUUGAAAUCCAAGAUGCUGACAUCAGAAGGAGCACACUCUCAAACAACAAAUCAUUUGUUUCCUCCCAGCCCUUCUCUCACUGCUUCCUACACUCCACAUCUGCUGAGGCAGUGGCCAUGGGGCUCCUGAAGCAGUUUGAGGGGAUGCAGCUCCCAGCCGCCUCAGAGCUAGAGUGGCUCGUUCCAGAGCACGAUGCCCCUCAGAAGCUCCUGCCCAUCCCUGACUCACUGCCCAUCUCACCAGAUGACGGGCAGCAUGCUGACAUCUACAAGCUACGUAUUCGUGUUCGAGGCAACCUGGAGUGGGCCCCACCCCGGCCUCAGAUAAUUUUUAAUGUUCAUCCAGCCCCAACGAGGAAAAUCGCUGUGGCCAAGCAGAAUUACCGCUGUGCAGGAUGUGGUAUCCGGAGUGACCCUGAUUACAUCAAGCGGCUGCGGUACUGCGAGUACUUGGGCAAGUACUUCUGUCAGUGCUGCCACGAGAAUGCCCAGAUGGUUAUCCCCAGCCGAGUUCUGCGCAAGUGGGACUUCAGCAAGUACUACGUCAGCAAUUUCUCCAAGGACCUGCUCAUUAAGAUCUGGAACGAUCCUCUCUUCAAUGUGCAGGACAUCAACAGUGCCCUCUAUAGGAAGGUCAAGCUGCUCAAUCAAGUUCGGCUGCUGCGGGUCCAGCUGUGUCACAUGAAGAACAUGUUCAAGACAUGCCGACUGGCCAAAGAGCUUCUGGACUCCUUUGACACAGUUCCAGGCCACCUGACAGAGGAUCUCCACCUGUACUCGCUGAAUGACCUGACUGCAGCCAGGAAGGGAGAGCUGGGGCCCCGGCUCGCUGACCUCACCAGGGCGGGGGCUGCCCACGUAGAGCGAUGCAUGCUCUGCCAAGCCAAGGGCUUCAUCUGUGAGUUCUGUCAGAAUGCGGAUGACAUCAUCUUUCCCUUUGAGCUCCAUAAGUGCCGGACCUGUGAAGAGUGUAAAGCGUGUUACCAUAAAGCUUGUUUCAAGUCUGGAAGCUGUCCCCGCUGUGAGCGGCUGCAGGCCCGGCGGGAGUUGCUGGCCAAGCAGAGCCUGGAGUCCUACAUGUCAGACUCUGAGGAGGAACCCACCGAGGCCGUGGCCCUGGAGGCCGCCGUUCUGGAGACCACCUGAAGAAAGCAUGUAAAGCGCUCUUUCUAGGGGCUAGGGUCACACAUAGUGCAGAACUGAGCCACCUUUUUAAGGACUUUCCCCACUUGUUGUUUUUUUUUUAAUUAUUAUCGUCAUUAUUAAUUUUUACGACCUGUCUAAUGUCCAUGUACAGUCAACCUUAUUUAGGUUGGUGGGUCCAGUCUGUUGUGACAAUUUAUAGGUACCAAGUAUUUCCAUCAGAACUGACACAUGGGUCCCUAAGUGAAGCUUCUAGUGCCUCUGUCAGGGGAACGGACAGGGAGACCCAGUUCUUCCAACAUCCAUGGCCUUCUCCACUUGGACCAGAUCUGGUUUCAGCUGCAUCUCAAGUAUCAUUUCCAGUUUUAUUUUGUUGUAAUUCUGGAGCUUCUGAGCCAGGCCUUUCUCAGCGAACUCACUUCUCCUUUGCUGCUGAAACAGGAGGAUGGAGUUUUCUCUCUCCCAGUCCUGGAAUAGGGUCAGACUGUGCCCUGAGGAGAAGCAGCAGAGAAUGGGACUACAUCAUGUGUAUUCUUAUUUAGGUGUUUUUGAGGCCAUAAAAACAGCGUUAUUGCUACCUUAGAAUUUUCAGAGACCUCAAGGAGGCAGUCAUGACUUCCUUGUUUGAAAUAUUCUAGGCAUAGAUGAUGUCACAGGCUGACUUUCUUUAUCUGCCCUGGGGGACUUGACACAAAGAACAGAACUGAUACUUACACCAGGCCCAUUUCUAGCAUAAGUGAUGCUACAACUCUGUUGUUUAAGGAGCAUUUAUUCAGUCAGAGGGGCUGUUGGCCUCCUCUUAGGUGAUCAGGUCCCUUUUAGUCAACAUAGCUCUGGUGCAGGUUUGAUCUUUCAAGCUCAGGCAAGUCCCUGACGCCAUCCUAAACUGAGGACAGAAACCCCAUCCACCAUUUUAUCAGUGGGUCUCUUGCCACUGUGUCCUCUGUUAGGUGGUCAGUGUGGUUCUGAGUAGAAGCCUGGCCCAACUCCAUGCCCUC